AUGACAGUAAAGAAAUUCAGACACAAUAAUGAUAGUGGUGUCUUCACUGAAUCAUCUGAUGAUGCAAACAAGAUGGUAUUAAUCAAAUCAACAGAUCCAAUUGAUUUCUACACAGGUGAUGGCAGUUCAGAAGCAGAUAGCAAAGAAGUAGAUUCUUUGAAUUCCAGAAAACAUGCAAUUUGUCAAUUUGGGGAGUCUACUCAACUGCAUAAGGCUCAUUUAGAUAGCACAAUAUACUUCCCACCUCACAUAAAGCUACUUGUCAAGCUGUACAAAAUCAUUCUGAAUGUCUACAAUUACAGCAAAACCAGAAAGCUCAAUUUGAUUUACGAGUAUCACAAACCAAGUAUGGAACAAGUGUUUGGUCAAAGAAUAACUCAGAAACACCUCAGACAGUUGAAAUUCAUACUACAGGAUUCAAUAGUCUUCAAAGAGAUCAAAUACGGUGAAAUAUACACAUUUAUAAUCACAAUAGCAAAAGAGGAACCGGUUGAAGUAGCGAUUCUCAAACUAUUGCACAAGAAUCACAAUAACUGGUUAAAACAGAACAAUCUUGAACACAAGGGUAAGCGAUUUCAUAUGGAUUUUGAUCUCAGUACGGUUGAAAUUGGUCAGAAGGAGCUGUUUAGCCGUGUCAUGGAUUCUAUGCCACACUCUGAAGAUAUUGUAAAGAGGACAGCUGAUGAGAAAUACAAAAUGAUUUUAGAAAGAAACAAAAAGCAGGAGGAUGAACGUAGAGCUACAUUCAUUAAGAAUGAAGUAGGGGAGAAAACAGUCGUAGAAAGGGCCAAAUUGGAAUAUGGUGCAAUACUAAAAAGAGUAGAAGAAAGAGAAAAAAUCAGGAAAGCAGAAUUCAUAAAAUACGAGCAAAUGAAAGUGAACUACACCGAUAAACUGGAUCGGAUAUUCAGGGUAGAAGACAGGAGAGCCAUAAGACUAUCAGAAUUAGAAUUCAGAAUCGGUGAUGUCAGGGCAAGAGAAAACAUUUUGGGUGCAUUAGGAGACAAAUACACCAAAAAAACAAUCAAAGACGACAUAUACAUCGUAAAACAGGACAAAAGUGACAAAUAA